GGGAUCGCCUGAAUUCUUUGACGUAAUUUAUCCAUAUCCGGUUGUAAAUAAGAACACGUAGCAUUUAGCAGUUAUUCGUUUAUUUCUGUACUGUUUUGUGAUAAGACACUCACUUUGGAACUACACUGAGCUCUAUAUACAAUAACAGAAACGAAACUUAAAUCACCAUGAGACACAUAUUGUAUGUGUUUGUGGUGUGUUUUGUGAUUCAAGGAAUAGUUUGCCCCCCUGUGAAUCAGAAUCCAACGCCAAAGCCAGAAGAGGGAAAAGAGGACCAAGACACUGGCUUGCAUUAUGACAGAUAUCUGAAAGAAGUUGUGAUGACACUGGAAGAGGACCCAGAAUUCAGGAAAAAGUUGGAAGAAGCAAAUGUCACUGACAUUAAGUCUGGUAAGAUUGCCAUGCACUUGGAGAAAGUAGCUCACCAUGUACGAGAAAAAUUGGAUGAAAUCAAGAGGAAGGAAGUGAACAGACUUAGAGUAUUGGCCAAAGAGAGAAUGAAGCAAAUGCAGGGUACGGAUGUAUUGAAAUUGGUAGCUCAAUUUGGAGGAAUUCAAAAAAUAGAUGAAUCAGUUUUACACCAUGUUGAUGUGCAAAAUCCUCAUUCUUUUGAAAUGAAAGAUUUAGAACGACUUAUUCAAAAGGCAACUAAAGAUUUGGAUGAGUUGGACAAGCAAAGAAGAGAGGAGUUUAAAAACUAUGAACUGGAAAAAGAACAUGAGAGACGGGAACACUUGAAGGAGUUACCGGAGGACGAGAGAAAGAAGGAAGAACAGAAAUAUGAUGAACUGAAGAAGAAACAUAAGGACCACCCUAAACUUCAUCAUCCUGGCAGCAAAGCGCAGCUUGAAGAAGUUUGGGAGAAAGAGGACCAUUUUGAUCCCGAGAAUUUUGACCCCAAAACUUUUUUCUAUAAACAUGAUCUUGAUGGAAACAAAUUACUUGAUGAAGAAGAAAUAGAAGCACUGUUUCAAAAAGAACUUGACCAAGUGUAUGACCCCAAUAACCCUGAAGACGACAUGGAGGAGAGAUAUGAGGAAAUGUCGCGCAUGAGAGAGCACGUAAUGAAGGAGCUAGACAAGGACGGAGACAAGCUGGUCAGCAUGGACGAGUUCAUGCAGUACACCAAGUCGGACGAGUUCAACAAGGAUGAGGGCUGGGAUACUUUAGAAAAUGAGGAGCAAUACACUGAGGAGGAGCUGAAGGAAUAUGAGAGGAUGCUGAUGGAGGAGGAAGAGAGGAGGAGGCAGCAGGGGGCCUUUAACAGCCACGCCCAGCCAGGACUUGUGAACCAGCCCCCUCAUCCUGGAAAUGUGCAACAAAUGCAAAUGCAACAAGGUGGAUUCCAUCCACAGGGAGGAAUGCCACCUCAAGGUGGAAUGCACCCGCAAGGUGGAAUGCCCCAACAGUUACAUCCUGACCAGGUUGCUGCCAUGCAACAACAGCAAGCACAAUUCCAUGCACAGCAACAACAAGCCCAGUUCCAUGCUCAACAACAACAAGCUCAGCUUCAUGCACAGCAACAAGCCCAAUUCCAUGCUGAGCAACAGGCUCAACUCCAGGCUCAGCAACAAGCUCAUGCACAGCAGCAGGCUCAAUUCAGUGCACAGCAACAGGCGACUGGAGGACAGCCUCCAGUAGGACAGACUCAGCAAGCUGGUCAGCCACCAGCACAAGCAGGUCAAGGACAAGUUCCAGUUCAAGGACAAGUUCCAGUUCAAGGGCAAGUUCCAGUUCAAGGGCAAGUUCCAGUUCAACGAGAUGUUCCUCAACGACAAGUUCCAGUUCAAGGACAAGUUCCAGUUCAAGGACAAGUUCCAGUUCAAGGACAAGUUCCAGUUCAACAAGGACAACCUCAACAGACUGGACAGGUUCCAGGUCAAGGUCAGCAACAACAAGGACAGCAACAACAGCAACAAGGACAGGCACAGCAACAACAAGGACAUGAUCAGAAGCCUGUUGCUUAGAAUGCCCAGGGUGAUCUCACAGCUUUGAUUGGCUUUAAUUUUAUUCCAAAAAUGAUCAAAGACUUAUUACAUCUGGAUUAAUUUUGUAUAAAUGUUUCUUUAAGAUAUCACCAGAACAAAAUAUUCAAGCAUUUUAGGAAUGCACUAAGAGUGUAUGGUGCUAUGUUAGCGAAAUAUGACCACCUACAUUAUUCAGUGUGUCUGUAUGUACAUUUAUUUUUUUAAGUACCAAGAGCAGAAACCUUAGUUGAAUUGUUAUGAGAUAACAGUAUUUGGUUAUGAAAUAAUUAAGAUUUAGUUAUAAUUUAAUGCAAAAAAAAACAAAAUUUAUAAUGUAUGUAAUGCAUAAGGUGCAAGUAUAAAAAAAACAUUUAUAUUUCAAUUGGGUAAAAUGUACUUGUAUAGAGUGCCAAAGAUGGUUGCACAGAGUUAAAUCAUGCUAUAGAUCUAGUCAUACAUUAUUUGUGCUGAUAUACUGUAUACAGGGAAGUAUUCGCCAUUGUUUUAUUUUUGCCCUUUUUGCCAGCAAGCGAAUUUAAGAGGGGUGUAUUUCCAAUGUCGAAAAUAAUCUCCCUUUAAACAACUGUAGGUGAAUUCAAGACGGGGCGAAACAAGGCGCUAGUGUAGACGAGCAAAAAUUACAUGGGUUGAAAAUAACCAUGUAAAUACUAUUUGCUUAAUCUUUAUGGUGCAAAGAAGCAAUAGCUUCCAUAAUUAAUAUAUUGUUUUAGAAAAAUAUCAAAGUUAGAUAUAAAUGGUUGCCAAGUUAUAGCAGUGCAUAUCUUAUCUCUCUGAUUGUUGAUUAAUCUUUAAUAUUUUUAUGUGGUUUUUUUUUUACUUUAAAUGAUAUCAAAUUUUACAUUAGAUGUGCCAGAAAAUUUGAUUUUCAAUUAAAUUAUGUAUAUGUAUUAUGAACAAGAACAUAAAUGCUAUAGAUAUUCCCCCUUUUUAAACCAUAAUGGAAAUGGUAGCACAUGCAUACGCAUGUAGAUGUAUCCCGCUAGUAACUAAAAUUAUUUUUUCAUUUGUUUAUUUAUGGAGAGAAUACGUGUAACGUAGAUAUUUUGUCGUAUUUUGUAGAGAAUGAAGAUAUAUUAUCCACAUUGUUUUGUCCUAUUUUUGUUUGUUACAUAUAUUGUGGAUUAUGUUACAAUCUACUUGUUUGUUUUAAUUGUUUUCUAGUGUAACAUGUUCAUAAGUACACUGUAUAUGGCUAAUGAUAAUAGAGAAAUUGAUUUUUUUUAUGUAUACAUCAGAUUUUAUCUCUCAGUUCAUUUUCCAUUGAUUGUUAAUAUUUUAUUCACUCAUUGUAGUUUAUCUUGAAAUUUUCAAAUUGUGGUGGAUUUUUUUUCUUAAUUCUGAUUUACUUAAGUGAGAAGUCAAUGAAAUCUUUUUAGAAUAAUUUAAUUUAAUUGUUAAAUUACUUAUUAGCAAGUAGAUUUUGAUCUCCGUAAUUUUUUUUUCUCAAAAUGUCUACCUUGUUGUAUUGUGAUACUCUGUCAAUUUGUUCUUCCCACAUUCCAUACCUUAAAACCUAGCUACAUCUUUUCGUUUUUAAUCUGAAUUUUUUGGCAUUAUGGAUUUUUUGUAUUAUUCUAAAAAUGUUGAUAAUGAAAUUCUCUAGGGCUUUAUAACAUGUCCAGGGAAUGCAGUUUGUAAUUUUUUUCCCAUAAUUUAUAAACAAAAAAUCAUUUUUUUUCUGGACAAGUGUCGUGUGUAUUGUUGCUGUGCAUGCAUAUUUGUCUUGAAUUCCUUCCGUUAUAAAGAAAUCAGUCCCACUCAUCGUAAUGGGAUUCUCAACAGUUCAUAUCUACGAUGUCCAGUCUUCAUCGAAAUCACAGGGUGGUUGAACCAUAAGGCUUUGGUUUAUGGAAUUAUAAAUAAAAAUGAAUAAUUUAA